AGAGCAGUGCAAAGAUUCAACAGUCCGGAUAAGACUUUGCCACUGGAGUGGAGACGCACAACGAUUAGUCGGUUUUUAACAAUGUGUCCAACGAGUCUAAAACGGAGAGUGUUUUAAGUUUGUUCUGUAAUAGAGGAAGCGCAUACCUUGUUCAAAAAACAGUCGAAGUAGCUUCCAUUUUUUCAGCGUUUUUGUGUGCAGCCUGCCAAUAAAACCACAGAGCUCACUCCGCGAGCGGUUUGUGCAUUUGGACGUUUUACUUGUACUACUCUCACCAUGGAGUACACCUCUUCCCCGAAGCCACAGCUCUCCUCCAGGGCAAACGCGUUCUCGAUAGCCGCUAUCAUGUCAAGUGGAAAAACGAAGGACAAGGAAACGGAUGAAAACACCAUCAAGCCACUUGAACAAUUCGUGGAGAAGUCCUCCUGUAACCAAGGUUUGGGAGAGCUGUCUUCUCUAGAUGGGCACGGAGAUUUCAGCGGGAGCGCGCCUCCAGUGUGCACAGAGCCGCUGAUCCCCACCACCCCCAGUGUUCCCAGCGAGGAGAUGGCCAAAAUUUCCUGCAGUUUAGAGACCAAGGAACUCUGGGACAAAUUCCAUGAUCUCGGCACUGAGAUGAUCAUCACAAAAUCCGGAAGAAGAAUGUUCCCCACCAUCCGUGUGUCCUUCUCCGGGGUGGACCCGGACGCCAAAUACAUCGUGCUGAUGGACAUUGUUCCGGUCGACAACAAACGUUACCGCUACGCCUACCACAGGUCGUCCUGGCUCGUGGCGGGCAAGGCGGACCCUCCUCUGCCUGCACGGUUAUACGUGCACCCCGACUCUCCUUUCACUGGGGAACAGCUGCUCAAACAAAUGGUGUCUUUCGAGAAAGUAAAGCUCACCAACAACGAACUGGACCAACAUGGACACAUCAUACUAAACUCCAUGCAUAAGUACCAGCCCCGGGUCCACAUCAUCAAGAAGAAGGACCACACCGCCUCCCUUCUCAACCUCAAGUCGGAGGAGUUCCGCACCUUCGUUUUCACCGAGACUGUCUUUACCGCGGUCACAGCCUACCAGAACCAGCUGAUAACCAAGCUGAAGAUCGACAGCAACCCGUUUGCGAAAGGCUUCCGAGACUCCUCCCGACUGACGGACAUGGAGAGGUUACUGCAAAGACAUGAUAUAUCUUGGGAAAGUGUUGAGAGUUUGAUCCACAAGCACUCGUACGCACGGUCACCAAUACGCACCUACGCAGGUGAGGAGGAGACACUGGGGGAUGACGGCCAUGCCUCACACAGGGGUUCUGCAUUCACCGCCUCUGACAACCUCUCCCUGAGCUCCUGGGUCACCGCCACCUCUGGGUUCUCAGGCUUCCAGCACCCCCAGUCCCUCUCUGCCAUGGGCUCCAGCAGCACCUCCAUGGCCAACCCCUUGCCCCACCCCAUGCAGGGCUCCCUGCCCCCCUACAGCCGGCUGGGCAUGCCCCUGACUCACUCAGCCCUGGCGGGCACCAUGCAGGGCAGCGGGCCCUCCUUCCCCUCCUUCCACAUGCCCCGCUACCACCACUACUUCCAGCAGGGCCCCUACGCUGCCAUCCAGGGACUGCGCCACUCCUCCACCGUCAUGACCCCCUUUGUAUGACUCCCUCUGGGGUGACUGCCUGGCCGAGUAGCCCCUCAUCAGCUACAACUACGUUUAUAGACACACCUGCACACACAAGUAGAUAAACUCACCGAUCUGUCCCCUUCAGCAUCAUCACCCAUCGUCACCACCAUGUCCUUGUAAAUAAUAAGCCCUCUGGCCGAGGCGACUGACUGGACGACCUGGAGAGGCUGCCUGGCUGCUGUCCUGCAUGCUGACAGCUGAACCGGAGAGGAAACAGACUCCUACGGGACCUGGUGGAACAGACACAGAGACCCACAGACUGAUAUGAACACUAGAUAUGAACACUAUUGACCUGCAUAUGAACAUUUACGACCCAGAUAUGAAAACUGAUGAUCCAGGUAUAAAAAAUAAAAAAACAACAACAGAGAUGCUGAGGAAUGAUGACCAUGCACAGUGAUGCGUUGUGGGAAAUAGGUAAUGGUCUGCUUGUGAUGACUGUCGUUUGCCCCUGCCCUCCAACUGUUGGUCACAAUGUUCAUUUUGCACCCACUCUCCAGAAAAGCAUGGACAGGAGAACCAGUGAACUGUCUUGGUUACGGACAUUAGAACCAGAGGGUGUGGUAAUUGUUCGUUCUCUCACAGCUUCUGGGGAAAAUGAAGAAUACGGGACUCCAAAAGUUACGGGCGUGCACAAAUUUCAAUCCUGGGCACCGCUUGUGGCCACAGAGGAGAACUGUCUUCACUCCAGCUGCUGGGGCAUGGAGGAAUGGCAGCCAUUUUUGACUGAGUCAAAGGAUUCCCACAGCUUGCUGACCAAAACUCACAAGGACGGUAGAGGCAACAUCUCUCCUCUCCUGCUUGAACUCAAACUCCGUUAACCUUCCUCUGCAUGCAGAAUCCUAUAGCCUCCUCCAGUCAGGUUGGCUGUUUCCAUGGUAGUCAGAUUUGUGCACAUAGAUGCCCUAGAGACAGAGAGAAGCCAAUUGUUUCUUUCCCAUCUAUAAAGCCAGCCAUGUGUACAGUGAAGAAGUUAUAGUGGAAGAUGAUCAUGUUUGAUAGCAGUACAUAAAUAUAUCCACACUACACAAACACACACACAGGACAGAAACUAUAAGACGAAUGUCACAUGACAGUGUCAUAUCAUAGGACGCAUGCUGCUGCAACAGAUAACACAGAAAACUUUUUUAUUUUUUAUCCUGACCGGGUCUCAAACUACUUUGUCAGUUUCCUUUGUCAUCCAAAAAGCUUAUAUUCACCUCAUACCAUUUUAUGUACUGCAUCCAAUUAGAUUUGUGAGGUCAAUCAAUGAAAAGAGAUGUUAGUUCAUGUCUCACGUGUGAAUGGGCCCUAGAAGACCUCUGGAGGACCUGUCUAUCAAAGUCACAGAGUGUUAAAAUCACGCUACGUCGUCACGUAUCCCCAACACCAGCAGAUUGGCUUCUCUAACCAAUCAAUGGCAAAUCAGUAAUGUAUCAAUGAAGUACCAAGAGGGAGAGAAAACCUGCAGACUCUGCAGCCCUGAAAGGCUAAGAUGGACUUUCUCUUGCUGUAUUGGCCGGAAGCCUGAUUCACUACCUAACCAAUACCUAACCUCUGGCGCCACACUAUAGCCUGAUUACUGUAGCCUGAUCUAUGUCUGCCUCAGGCUGUGUCGACACUACAGCACUCUGGGAGAAAGUCCACACCUGUAAAUAAUGACUCAGUGGUGCCUCCCCUUAGAGGAGGGUGGGGAGGGAGAUCUGUUUUGGUCGUCACGUCAUUGGCGAUUCAUCAAGCUAGCCCCUUCUAACCAAAAUGACACAGAAGCUAAGAUAGUGACACAAAACGCAGUGUAUGCAUCGGUGCCUUUGUAGUGCCACUCCUCUAAAAAUAAAAAAUAAUUGCAGAUGGAUUCAUCCAUUCAAUGAUGUCUCAUACAGUUUGUUACCACAGUAAAACCAAUGUUAUUGUAAAAUGCCGUUCCUAUUUUGGCAAGAAAAAGACACCCAAGGCAGCUUUGUAAACCUCUAAUUCACAGCUAAGACAUCCUGACAAUUAUUUUUAGUAUGAAGAUCUCUCUUUCGGGGCAAAAUGGGACAAACUUGGAUUGAAGUGAAGGUCUAAUACAGUAUUUCAUUGUUGGUUUUGUUUUCAAUGCUGAGUCUCUCGAUUUCAUUAUACUGAACAAACCAAUCACAUGGAGCCAAAAAACAUGCAUCAAUUAGGCUACAAUUUGGCCAUAUUAUUGUGGGCACUAACUCUGCAUGUAGCUUACAUUACUGUUCCCACUUACUCACCAUUUUCAAACUAUGUGUCCACAAGCAGUCAGCAGGUUGGAGUUGGAAUGGGUUUUGCAGGAUUUUUUGUGCUGAAAACGUGUUGAUGGACAACUCUCAGUAGCAUACACAAUGCAUGGAGGCUUUAUCGAGGUGCUAUCAAACAUGAUGAUUGCCAGUGAUGGCAUUAACUCUAAGGCUUUCAGUUGAAAGAGGCAAGUGUUUUCAUUGUUAAACAAUUUCACAUAAGAACUCUAACAAAGGUCUUAAACUGAUGUUCUCUUCAAUCUAUAGCCUGUGUCUGGACUUCACUCCCCAUCUUUCAACAUGUCCUGGUGUAUGCAGCUGACAAUCUCGCCAAGUCUUGGUAGAAGUGGGGGAUUGUAACUUUCAAACUUUCCAUUUUGAACAAUGUGUACGCACACUCAAAGUAUGCCAUGGGAGAUAGAUCUGCAAGGAUUUUGUCAUGUUUUUGUUGUGUUUUUAUUAUUACUUUAAGUGUAAUCUAAAUAUACAGGAUGACAUCUAACAAGUCUUUGUUUCGUUGAUUUUUUAAGUGCAAUAUAUUUAUUUCUGCUCUGAAAAUGAUCAUGUGUAAAGUACUAUCUGACGCUUAAAAAUAUGCACUACCGUUCAAAAGUUUGGGGUCACUUAGAAAUGUCCUUGUUUUUGAAAGAAAAUCACAUUUUUAGUCUAUUAAAAUAACAUCAAAUUGAUCAGAAAUACAGUGUAGACAUUGUUAAUGUUGUAAAUUACUAUGGUAGCUGGAAAUGGCAGAUUUUUUUAUGGAAUAUCUAUAUAGAUGUACAGAGGCCCAUUAUCAGCAACCAUCACUCCUGUGUUCCAAUGGCACGUUGUGUUAGCUAAUCCAAGUUUACCAUUUUAAAAGGCUAAUUGAUCAUUAGAAAACUCUUUUGCAAUUAUGUUAGCACAGCGGAAAACUGUUAAAGAAGCAAUAAAACUGGCCUUCUUUAGACUAGUGAGUGUCUGGAGCAUCAGCAUUUGUGGGUUCGAUUACAGGCUCAAAAUGGCCAGCAACAAAUAACUUUCUUCUGAAACUCAUCAGUCUAUUCUUGCUCUGAGAAUUCCAUGCGAGAAAUUGCCAAGAAACUGAAGAUCUCGCUGUGUAUUACUCCCUUCACAGAACAGUGCAAAAUUGCUCUAACCAGAAUAGAAAGAGGAGUGGGAGGCCCUGGUGCACAACUGAACAAAAGGACAAGUACAUUAGAGUGUCUAGUUUGAGAAACAGAUGCCUCACAAGUCCUCAACUGGCAGCUUCAUUCAAUAGUACCCACAAAACACCAGUCUCAAAGUCAACAGUGAAGAGACCACUCCAGGAUGCUGGCCUUCUAGGCAUUAACAUUGUCUACACUGUAUUUCUGAUCAAUUUGGUGUUAUUUUAAUGGACAAAAAAAGUGCUUUUCUUUCAAAAACAACGACAUUUCUAAAUGACCACAAACUUUUGAACGGUACUGUAUGAUAUUUGUAAACCAUAAGAAAUAUAUAUAUCACCCCCAAAAUGUC